UUCUGCUUAUUAUUAAAAGGUCAAAGAAAAAUAUACAAUAAUUAAAGGCCUAAUAUUAUAUUAAAUAUAUUCAUAGUAUAAAGUUUUGUUAUUAAAAAAUUAUCCAUUAUUAAUAGACCAAUAUAUUAAAAGACAUAUUUAUUAAGCAAUCGUUAUCUGAGUUAAUAAUUAAAACGAUAAAUGCAAUGAGUUCUAUCACAGCUGGUUAUUCCCAUCAAAAAUAAAAUAAUUUUGAAAAGGGCCAAAAACAAAAAAAUAAGUAAUUCAACCUGGCAGCUGUAACUUGGCCUCCUUCAGUAUUUUCUGCGCAUUUUUGUAAUCCUCGUGUUCAGCUAAAUCCAUUUCAGUAUCCAAAAUCUUCGUCAAAUCGUUGAAAGCAACUUGGAGACGUCUUUGACAAUCGGGAACCAUCAUCAAAGAUUCUUGCAAGACUUCCUCCUGCUUGCGGAUAUCGUGCUCGUCACGGCCCUCCUGUUUGUACUUCUCGAUCCUUACUUUUUGCUGCUCUGCUUCUAGUUCAUAGACAGUUUUUUCCUUUGCUAACCUUCUCGCUACACCUGUUUUAAUUUUGAUUGUUCUUAUCCUCGGAUCUGCCAUUUUAACUGUUGUUCGCGCUUAGAUGUGUGUUUUUACACUAAAUAUAAAAUAUUAAGUUGUUAAACAAUAUUCUGCAACUAAAUUGAGAGUUAUUUUUACCUUUUAAAAGAAAUCUGCCGGUGACACAAGCUGUCAGUUUCAAUACAAAUGAAAAUCUGCGCAGGGAUGCAAACGUAAAAAUUUGAACUAAAUAAAAAUGGUAGAAAUGUACUCUAAGGAAGAAGAAGAAGAGUAAGUGUCAAACGGUUUUAUUUUAAAUUUUCAAACUAAAAUGGGCGACUCUACGCAAAAAGAAGGGGACUUACCCAAAGACUACAAUAGCCUAUUGAAAGAACAUUUUCGUUUAAAAAAAGUGUUGGACAGUUUUAAUCAAGAGUUAUACGACUCGAAAAGGCAAUUAAAAGUUGCUGAAGCCUUGCAGAUCGAGUAUCAAAGCGAAAUCGAGCAUUUACAACAUGAACAAAAUUUCGGUGAUCAGCAGUUGAAGAUUUCCCGUUUGGAGGAAGAUAUAAUUAAAUGUCGAUUAAUUAAGAAUGAACGUAUAUCGUAUUUGGAGCAAUGUUUAGAGGAUAAAGAGUCUGAAUGUAAUAAUUUACGCGAGGAAAACAAGGUUAUUAAAAAGGCUUGUCCUUUUGAACCUACAGUCGAUGAUUCCAGCAAGUUAUUGGAGGAAAUUAAUUUAUUAAAAGAGGCAAAUGAAGAUAUUUCCGAUAUUGUGAACGAGUUGUCGGAGACUUUGAAGGAAUCACAAAAAAACUGUUCCGAUUUGGAAGGAAAAAUUGAGUCCUUGCAAAAUGAGUAUGAAAGUGUUAAGGGAUCUUUGGAAUGUAAAAGGGAAGAAUUGGAGAAAGCUAACGAUUUGGUACAGCAAUUGAAUGAUGAGAUUUUGUGUCUUAAAAAGGAAAUUGAAUCUUCUAAAAGUGUUCCACUGGAUCAGCAGAGUCAAGGAAAUUCUUUAUUUGCAGAAGUUGAUGACAGGAGAGUAGUUUUGCAAAAAUCAAUUAGUACAAUGAAGAGAGAAUACGAAGAAAUGACCAACGACAGAGUAAGAUUGCUUCAUCAAAUAAACAAACUCACCAGGGAAAACCUUAUGCUUCUGGAGAGGUGGUCAGAAGAAGAAUGUCAAAGAACAGAAGAUGAAGAGAUGGUCAUGGAUUCUUACAGGGAGCAAAUAGCCAAUCUUAAGAAGCAAGUGGCAACCUAUAAAAAGGAAAUAUCGUACAAAACCCCAGACCUGCAAAAAUCCUCUAUGUGCGAGGUAAUGCAAUUCUACGAGAAAAAGUUGAAAGAAAAAACGCGCGAAAUUUACACUUUGAAUAACGAUUUAACGAACGCAGCUUUGACGCACACAUUGUUGACGAACAAUUUGGCGUCCGCAAAUAAAACGGCCAGAAAAUGCAAGUUGAAAGUGUGUCAGCUAGAAUGCGAGACGGACAUUUUAAUGAGCAAAUUGGAAGAGUUGGGAGUUUCAACUGCAUCCAUGAAGGAAAUGGGUUUGAAAACCCAAAAGGCUAUUCAAAGAAUCGAAAAGGAACAUAAUGAACAAGUGGAGAAGGAAAUUUCGGCAAAAAUGAGUUUACAGAGCAUUGUGAAGGAAAAUGAUAUGUUGUACAAUACUUUGGAUUUAUCAGGGUUAGAUGCUAUGGAAAUCAAUGAAACUUUGAACUUUACUGUUUGCAGGGAAAUAGAGAUAGAAAUGUCUAACGAAAAUAUUGCCAAGGAAGAAAGUGUUAAAGAAAAUAUGUUGGAGGAUAUAUCAGAUGAAAAAACAUUAGAGUAUAUUAAUCUUGAAGAUGUAAAAGAAGUAAAUGAAACUCCAUCAGAAGAAAUAAUUAUUUUAGAUGAUGAUUUUAAAGACGAACCAGAAAUAAUAACUUUGGAUGAUGAUGAAGAAGUAAUAAAAAAAGAAAUAAAAAGUGAACCAACUGAAGAAUGCUUCGUUAUUUUUGAUGAUAAAGAAAGUCACAAUAACGUCAAGGUUGAAAUCAAAGAAAAUAUUAAUGAUAAUGAUAAUAAAGAAAAUCAAAGUACCAACAAAGAAAAUCAUGUACCUCUGAAACCCAAAGUUUUACAAGAUAACAUUGAAGAUCAUCAUAAAGAAAACGCGGAACCGAAAAAAGAAAAUCUGAAAGUCAAAAUUUUAAAAGAACAAAAUUUACCAAAAGCCUCAGGGAUACCAACAAAAAAAGUGACAUUUUCCCAUAAUACAGUCGAGCCCAAAACUACAGAUAGAGAUUUAAUAAGAAAAGGCGGUAAAAUAGUGAAAGCAAAGCGAACGUUUUAUUUUUAAUUUAAUUUAAUGUGUUUUUAUUAUUAAUUUUAACUAUGUAUUUAAGAUUGCAAUAUAUUUUUUUAUUGAAGUAAAAAAUUUUAAUCGAAGAA